GCGCUGGCCAAUGGGCGCGCGGGCCCGCCCCGGCCGCAUCAGCUGAUGGGGCAAUGUCUGUUGACAGGAGCCGCCCGGGCCGCGGCGCUGGGAUGUGAAUCCAAAUGGAGCAGUCGGAAGGAGGCGAGCAGAGCCAGCAGCAGCCGCAGCCCUGGGGGAAGCUGAUCCGGCUGGGUGCUGAUGAGGCAGAGCACGUCCUGCUGCUGAAGAGAGAAUGGACCAUUGGGCGGAGGAAAGGCUGUGACUUAUCUUUCCCUGGCAACAAGUUGGUGUCUGGAGAUCACUGUAAAAUCAUAGUGGAUGAAGAGUCUGGUCAAGUGUCAUUGGAAGAUACAAGUACUAAUGGAACAGUAAUUAAUAAACUGAAAGUGGUUAAGAAGCAGACAUACCCAUUACAGACUGGAGAUGUGAUCUAUGUUGUUUACAGAAAAAAUGAGCCAGAGAACAAUGUUGCUUAUCUUUAUGAGUCCUUAAACACAAAACAUGAUGCAACUCAAGAAACAGUAGAAGUUAAUAUAGAAAACCAAUGCCAUGAGACCAAAGAUACCUCAAGUACAGGAAGAAGUAAUGAUGAGACCCAAAUUACCUCAUCACUGUCAGCUACUCAGUCUUGCUAUGAGGAACCACAGCCAUCUACUUCUACAUCAAACCUCUUUAAUGCUUCUUCUACCUCUCUGGUUGAGUCUGCAUCUGUUCAGCAGGAUAAUCCGUCCACAUCUGGAUCACAGCCCUCAGUUGUCACUCCUGUGCCUGCUUUCCCCGUCUUAGAAUCCAUGUGUGUAAGAGCACUGCAUAACAAGCAUGAAAAGCUGGAUGUGAAUGCUGAAGCUUCUGCAAUCGCUCCAGAAAUCACUGACAAAGAAAAUGCAGAAUCAGAUUGUCGAAGAACAGGGGAGGAGGAAGUUUUGGAACCUGCUGAGAAGAAACUAAAACGAGAUGAAGAUACUUGUCCAAAUCUUUCACCAGCAGCUCCAAGUGAAUGUAUAAUUAAAAUUGGCUCUGAAGAUGCAAAAGCAUCAAAUGUGAAACCAGAUAAGAUGGAAGAGACGUUAACUUGCAUUAUCUGCCAAGAACUGCUGCAUGACUGUGUAAGCUUGCAGCCUUGUAUGCAUACUUUUUGUGCUGCCUGCUACUCAGGAUGGAUGGAAAGAUCUUCUCUAUGUCCAACUUGUCGUUGUCCAGUAGAACGUAUUUGUAAAAAUCACAUAUUGAACAACUUGGUUGAAGCUUAUCUGAUUCAGCAUCCAGAUAAAUGUCGCAAUGAAGAUGAUGUUCGGAGCAUGGAUGCCAGAAACAAAAUUACUCAAGACAUGUUGCAGCCUAAGGUGCGGAGAUCCUUUUCAGAUGAGGAGGGGAGUUCUGAAGAUUUACUGGAAUUGUCUGAUGUAGACAGUGAAUCCUCAGAUAUCAGUCAACCAUAUAUAGUAUGCAGACAGUGCCCAGGGUACCGAAGACACUCUGUUCCAGCUGUAUCUGGCACAGGCCAGGAGACAGAGGCAGGAGGAAUGCAGGCUCUGGGAGAUGCUCCGUCAACCUCUGCCAACUUCCCUGCAGCUGUUCAGGAAUAUGUGUGUCCUGCUCAAGGAAGUCAUGUAAUAUGCACCUGCUGCUUUCAGCCAAUGCCUGACCGGAGAGCAGAGCGUGAACAGAAUCCUCAUGUUGCUCCUCAGCAAUGCACAGUUUGUCUGCAGCCCUUCUGUCACUUGUACUGGGGCUGCACUCGCAUGGCGUGUUUUGGCUGCCUGGCACCAUUCUGUGAAAUAAAUCUUGGUGAUAAGUGUUUAGAUGGCGUCCUGAAUAACAACCACUAUGAAUCAGAUAUCCUAAAGGAUUACCUGGCAUCCAGGGGUCUGACAUGGAAAAAUAUGUUAAAUGAAAGUCUCUUAGCUCUUCAAAGAGGAGUUUUUAUGUUGUCAGAUUACAGAAUUACUGGGAACACAGUGCUUUGCUACUGUUGUGGCCUUCGCAGCUUUCGAGAACUUGCCUAUCAGUACAGGCAGAAUAUUCCUGUUGCUGAAUUGCCAGCGACUGUCACGUCACGUCCUGAUUGCUACUGGGGACGCAACUGUCGAACUCAGGUCAAAGCACAUCAUGCCAUGAAAUUCAAUCACAUUUGUGAGCAAACACGAUUCAAGAACUGAAAACUGUAGUCUGUAGAGAGGGGACAAAAACCUGUUACACUGCUUGUACAGUUUAAGGUUUUCAGGGGAUCUGCUCCCAUAGCAGGGAAUCAUUAACUUUUACAUCAGGUAACCCGAUGUGAAAUUUUUAAUUUGUAGAAUUUUGCAGCUGUACAUGAAUAAGGUAGAUGGUUUUUUUUUCCAAGGUAGUCCACCAAGCAUUGCAUUCCAUGCUCAUGACUACAGUGUCCCUGUGUCACUUCAGUGAAGAACACAAACAAAUCAUACUCAAAAAAAAACAGCCAUAUCUUGGGAUGACCUAAGAAUAAGGAGUGUAUUUGCACUACUUGUGAAGAAACUAAGAAAAAUCGUUAGACUUAAAAUAGAGAAGUUUUGUAAAAGUAUCUGAUGGGUAUUUCAAGAGCCAUUAAUAUUUAAGAAGGAAAUUGUCAGUGUAUAUUUGUAACUGCAUUUUGCGGUAGUCCAAUAUUUUGUUGCUACCCAUUGCAUUUGGGCUAGAAACCACAUGAAUAUUCCUUUUUAAAUAAUCCAUCCAAUAAACAGCUGUUUCAACUUAAAGCUUCUACCAUAUAUGUAGUGAUACAGUGGAGGUAGUACAGUUUCCUUUUUAGUUUAGACAUAUUGAUGUUUUUAUUCACGUGAAAUUACAAAAAGAAUUGCACAAAAAUUUGAAGAUCACAUUUGAAGUUGGGGUAAUACUUGAAGCAGAAAAGACUUCUGCUAAUAUUACUUCUGUAGUAUUUUAUAUCACAAGACCAAACAGUGCUUUUGACAUAGAGCAGCCAGUAGGACACACUGGUUCAUUUUCUUGUAUUUCUUUUUUGGUUUGAUACCGUGUGCUAAAUAGGUACCUCUGCAAUGCAACUGUUCUCUAUCAUGCCUACACUGGUGUAAAUGUAGAAAAAGCUAUAAUUCUAAACAGAAUAUAGCAGCUUUACUGGAAGGAACAUUCUUACAGGAAAUAAGUGAGUUUGGAUAAUUUGUAGCAAUAUGGAGGCAUUUCUGGAUAGGGAUAGAGAUAGGGAUCAUGAAAGGGCACACUGGUGUCACUGAAUUGGAAAUGUAGAUUUUAUUUCAUGCCUUUUGCAGAGGUCAUUCAGGAGAUGUCCCAAGUGUCAUUAAAAAUAAAGAAAUCCCAACUUUCCCCCUUCCCUACAAAUUGAUAUGAUCUGUUUCAUCAUAAUGUGGUUGCUAAUGUUGACAAACCUCGACUGGGACCAAUUCUGUUUUCAUCACACCUAGAAGAGUGAAGCAGAAUGAGAAGAAAGCAUACAAAGUUACCUCUGUAGAGACCAUGUUGUUUUUAAGUAUGCCUUAUUUUAUGAGCAGGAUUUAUGCUUGGAUGUUAAAAAGUGUACACACAGUAUCUUGUGAUAUAAAGGAGCACAAAUGAUGCAGCACAUCGUGUCUACUGGUUGAGGUGAAUUAAACAACUGUUUCCAGUAAUGCACCUCUUAUAUGAAUGCUAAUUAGAAUGAUGUCUUUCUGUUUAGAUUUUUUUACUUUUGAAAAUAGCUGUUGCAAGGAUGGGUCUGUUGACCAUGCCCUUAUGCUAUUAAAAAUACACUUCGGUGUGGACUUCUCUUCCUAAUCUCUGGGCAUUUUCUCCUGUGAGUAGGAUUGAAAUUGGAUCUGGAAUAUUACUUGAAACUUCUUUUAACAACAGUGUGUUUCUGUCUUUUAGUAUUAUUAACAAUGUUCUGUUGCUUCUGUAUUUGUAUUUUAUGUUUAGAUUUUUUUAAUGGUUAUUGUAUCUUCUCAGGACAACCAUUCCCAGCUGGUUUUGAUCUCAUUUUCAUCUCUGGCUGUGCAUGUAGCAAAUUGAGUGCAGUUGUGGAGAUCAAGCCUUUGCACAUUAUAUGCAGAAAUGUGCUUUACAUUCUCAUUCACCACUCCCACACCCCAGAUGGGCUUUCAGCACAGCCUUGUCACUGUGCUGGUGUUCAAGCCUCUUGUGCUGAAGUUGUUUUUUGGUCAGGAGUACCUUGCACUUACUCGAGUUAUGUUUGAGUAGGGGUGUAUUGUGUGACCACAAGAAAAAAAAAAUUGGGGGGGAAAAAACCCAAACAGCAGAAGUCAUCCUUAACAUCUAAAGUACCUGUGCAGUAGAUGUUCUUCAAAUUCUUUUUAUAAACCCCUCUUCCUUUUCCCUGUCACAGGUAAUUAAUCUGCCUUUCUAUGCAUAUAGGGUUGAGGUAGUGCAAUGGAAUGAAGGGAUUUUUUUGUCAUUUAUAUUGUACCUGGAAGAGAUCAGACUUGCAGAUGGGGAGGGUGAAUAAAUCCUGAUCUUUAUAUGCUCUUAAGUAAGUAAGAGUAUCUGUCAUGGGUAUUACAUACUCUACACUAGACCUUUUUAAAUGUAUGGUUACCAGGUGAUAGUUAAUGUGAUAAAUGUAUGAACUAUGCUUGGUGUAAUUGUUUAAAUACUGUAAAGGUGCAGCAUAUUUUUAACCUGUCUAAAGCACAUCCCCACCUCCUUUAUAAGAGAUGUUUGGAAGCUAAGCAUGAAAUGUGGUAGGAUAGAUGUGGAAACUGAGGUGAUUGUGAUAGGAUUUGACAUAGUGGUGAACAAGGUGUAUUGUCUCUGAGAAAAGUUCUUUUAUAAAGAAGGUGGAGAGUAGUUCUUCCAGUUCUCUUUUGUGGUUUAUUUUUUUCCUGAACUAAGAAGUUAUUAAUUAAAAAAAAAGAAAAAAGCUACUGAAGUUGUCUGUUUGUGUUUCUUCUGUGGUGUAUAUCCUCUCACCACAGAAAUGGAUGUAUGUAACACUUGCUAAUACUCAGUCAAGCUGUUAAUUAUUUGAAUGUGAGAUUUUUAAAAGCAAAUACCAUCCCUGAACUUGUAGUAACUGAAAAGUACAUGAGUUUGUGUCAUUCUCAAACUUCCUUGAAAGUGUCAGAUGAUGUUGCAAAGGAUCAUCAGUAUCUCUACAGGAUGUAUAAUAAAUUAUAUAAGCAAAGAUUAUUAAAUAGAAGAGGCCUUCAAGAUGCUAACAAAUCAGAAAGUUUGCUACUUUAAAAAAGUAGUCACUAUUUUAGUUUCUUGCAACACCAUAAACACCAAAGUGACAAGUAUUUUACCACCUGAUUUAACAGCAGCCUAGAGUAAAUUACAGUAAUACUGUGUUCAUCUUUACUACCAUUUAAUUUGUCUCAAUUAUAAGGUUUCAAAUGACUACUGUUAAUACAACUUUUUCUGAAUGGAACUUUAGCCUUGUUGAGUAAAUGGGAGGACUUGCCUGCACCCUGUUGUAUCUGAGGUGGAAGACAGCAAUGCCAGAGUUGUUAAGCUUCAAGUUGCAGUUUAGCAUCCCAGGAUUUUUGUGCUGCUGCCAUUCCCAUACUUGAAGCUGUAUACCCUUUAAUGUUGUAGCUGAUCUAUGUUGCUGUGCUUAACUGUCAGACUCAAUUUAAAUGAAACUCUAACUCAGGUUAAGUAUUGUAAAAGUGAAAACGUUGUUCUGUGUACCAAAAAAUGAGCUGAUAUCCUUUAAAACUGGUGAUUUUGGCUUGUUCUGCACUUGGAGUGGUGGGUUUAAAUGUUUUAUGCUCCAUUAUGUCAACAAAUGACUUGUAACUGAUUUAGUUUGAGGAAGCUGCUGCUUUGGGAUUUAUCCACUAUUGAGAGAUCAGGUCUGGCACAGCCAAAGCUCUUCCAAGCACUUUCUCCAUAAAGAAUAAAGAAAAAUGUUGGUGUGACUGAGAGGGGACAAAUGCAUGGCAGCUCCUAGAGCCCAUAGAGUGGCUCAGGUACUUGAACUCUACAGGGUAAUUUCUGCUUAAACUCUGAAACUGUUUUCAUUGUAUUUAACAGGAAAAACUUGGUAUUUGACAGUCCAAGGUUCAUCAUUAGCUCUUUCAUUCAGCAAACAAAAUGCAUGCAUUUGGUAUCAAUUUCUAGUCUUCGGUAGAACUGUCUAGGGCAAGGUGGCUUAGCUUGCAGCAAGAGCUUAGGGAAAUAACUUGAUUCAAGUAAAAGGAGUUAGGAAUUUGGAAAGUGAAUGCUCAUUCCAAAUUAUGCUCUUAAAAUCUGGUUUCUUAUGGCCCCUUAGAUGUCUGCUGUAGAGAAACCUUAUUUUUUAUUAUCUGCCCUCUUAAAAAUAAGUCAACAGUCACUGAAAGUUAGGAAAAAAACAUUUUGACUUUAAGAAAAACAUGAGGAUUUUGCAUUUUUUCCACCUAUUUUAUCUAACAUUCUUUCUGCAUGAUGUUUGGGAACUGAAAUACCACUUACACAAUUCCAAGGAAUAAGUUCUGAAGAAAACUAAUUAUACUAUUUCCCACAGCAAUGCUUAAUAUGCAAAGAUUGCUUCUAAAUCUGCUUUCCAGGUCAUCCUUCUUUUCUUCACACUUCCAUUUUGACUUUCAAUGAGGUAAUUUCAUCCUUAAGCUCAUUAGUUUCCAUAGGAAAUGAAUUAUAAAAAAUGCUAAGUGUGCCAUAUGAGGUUUAACAUCAAAGACAUUUCUAGACAGACCAUGAAUAUAUGUUGAAGCUGUAUUUAGUCUCUGUUGGGUAUUCUUUUCAGUGCUGCUGAGUUUCACUUGCUUUCAUUAGGUAAGUGUUGGCUUAGGACUUACCUUUUCUUUUCCCUUGCAAUCCAAAUUAAUCUUUAAUUGUUUAGAAUAAAAUCUACUGACUGGACUGUUUGAGUCAAAUAUGUUUUGUUAGGGCUCAUGUGCCACCCUCCUGAGGGGGAAAAAACCACAACAAAAAAGUUCUGAGUAGAAAGCUUUGUAACCAACUGCACUUAACAAAAAGUUAGAGUUCUGAAAGGAAACCUCAGUUCAUGUUUUGUUACUAAGUUAUAAGUGGAUUUUUUCUUGCUAAAUGCUAUUCUGAGUCUUUCAAGUUAGGAUGCAUUAUGUGGAUAUUAAAUCUGUUGUUUUCCCUUUGAGCCUCUAUUCCCAAUCAGUUUAAGUACCUGACAGUAAGAACCUCAGUGCACCAGAUUCUUGUCAGCUUAUAUAGCUUCAAGCUUUUAUUUUGAAGCUCUGUUUGUACAGUGAAAAAAUAGGGAAUGCACAUAUUUUUGUCCUAUUUAGUCCACCUAACACAUUGGCUAGAGGGUUUGACUAGUAUAUUCCAGAAUAACUCAUUUUAAAAAGAAAAAAGGUGAAUAUUACUCACUUUUGUUGGAAAGACUACUUCUCUACUAGCUCCACGAUAUUUUUUUGAUAUUUUUCCCCCAUGCAGUUGUGAUAUUUUCCCCCUCUUCAGUGACUGUUGGGAGUGUUUAUCCCAUUUGCUGCUUGGUUACAGAACACAGAAUCGCAGAGCCAACCCUGCAGUGCACUAAGGUAAAACUGAAUCCAAGCCCAUGCAUGAGGGAUGAGGUUUUCUGUCAUUAAAAGUGGCAGCAUAGCUCUCCAAAGUAAUAAUAGCUGUUAGGAACAAAAUAAAUGCCAUAAGUAAUACUAUUUAAAACCUAAUCCCAGUCAAUAUUUACAGCUGAGAGUAUUAAAGCGCUUUAUUCCAUCCAGAGCUUUCAGAAUUUCUUAACUUUGUACUGUGACUUUUUUGAAGGGUUUGGGUAGAAGCUGUCUUCCUGGGGAGAAAAAAAGAAAAUAUGAAAACUUUAAAGCAGUUGUUUUAGCUGUAAGAGGAAGAAAAAAUAAAAAACAAAUACCUUGUUAGCAGUUAAUCUGUGAUCUGCCUAAAAGAAAAAUAAUCUGAAAAAACCCCUAAUCAAACAAAAAAACUUCAAAAGGCAGGUCAGGAACUGAAGUCUCCCCUGGGCUACCUGCAGCACCCACCUGCAGGCACUGGGCUUCAGUAUCUUUUACUGCCAGAAGGCCUCACCUUUAAAUAGUUGGUAAAUCAGCCAGCUGUAUUCUGAGAAUAAGCAGCACUGUUCAAUAUUGUGUGUUCAUCAGGAGCAGGGCCUCUCUCACCACAUAUGUGUGUAUAUAUAUUUAUAUAGCCCAUGCUGCAGCAGGCAGUGAUGGAAGAGUGUUCAGGCAGCAGGAUCUGAAAGGAAACACAAACUCCCACAGAAACCUCCUCUGGCAGCAGUUAGACAAACCUGGUUAGCAAAGUCUGUUCUUUGGUUACACAACAGGUACUGGAGGAGGUCAGUGUAAACAACCACCUCCUCUUCAGUCUUGAAGAAAUUGGGAAGGAUCUCAAAAGGAGUGUUUCCUUUUCUGCUCUUCUGCCACUGCUGGGGUGCCCCACACACUGUCCUGGUGCUCUGAGGUUCACUCAGGCUUUCAGCAAAAAACAAAUUAAGUGUUGUUACGCCGUAGAAAUGAGUAGUUAAACAUGCUUUUAUUGAAAAAGCCACUUUUUCCAGCCCUUCAAAUAUAACUAUUGUCAAUAAUUAAACACAAGUACUUUUCAAAAGUAGAUUUUAGUAUUUCAACCUUUAGAAAUGUAAUAAGUAACAGAACAUUGAAUUACAAUGUAUAUGAAUUUAAUGCAGUGGAAGUUAUUGUUAGAGUAGUGAAGACUUCUAAAUACUUUUAAAAUCAUAAAUAUAUUAACUCUUCCCUUUGAAUCAAGUAGCAUUAAUUUAAAACAACAACAA